AUGAACUCCAAUUGGCCGGGAUUCUUCCUCCAAGGCUGCGAUCUGAAUAUUCAUCACUUAUUCGAUCAAGCUGUUCCCGAUCCCGAGGACGUCAAACAAUUCCAGUGCGAUGAUGCCUGGACUUUGGGACGGCGGAUGCGUGACGAUACGCCGGGGAUGCAUAGCAUCAUGGUGUUGAGAUUGAUUGUGAAUAGACGAGCCAACCUUGUGGCGAAAACAUUUUUUGAGGAAGAAUAUUUCCAGUCGAUCAAACAACUAGACCCCUUUCUAGAUGAAAGUCGCGCGUACGAGAACAUUCUCCGCAACUGCCCACCUUCUAAAUCAUCCUACUUCCCGCUUUACUAUGGUGUUAUACUAGACUUGCAGCGUGACAAGUACCCUAUGAGCUAUGCAUUACGCCCGCGAGCUAUCGUGCUGGAAAGAGUCACUCCUGACAUAUGUUCCCGGCGCGUACUCGGAAGAUGUCCGCGCCCCGAGUAUGAUUCAUUCGGGGAUUUCAUCGCGCGUCUGGAGGACCUGCCGCUCAGCGGUUUUGAGAAAGAGUGGUACAUUUCUUUGACUAUCAGCCGGCUUCGGCGUCUUACAGCAUUGCAUGAGAUUGGAAUUUUACAUCGCGACGUCUGCGACGAGCAUUUCCGUCUCCCGAAUGAUUUCUAUGAUACGGUUCUCUAUGAUUUCUCACACGCUUACACAGUCAAUUCGCCAUGGCCAUACGUCCAAAGGCCUAAACCGCUGGCGGAAUUGAUUCGGAUUGAACAGAAUGAAGUGUUGAGUAGCGUGUUCGUCCGGUUGGUGGCAGAUAUACCUUGA